CACAGUCUCCCCGCAGCUUGUUCCUUCACGGUCACCAAACGUCCGCAUCAAACCCGAGGCCGCUAUCAUGACGAAGGACCAGAAUGGAACCUGGGAAAUGGAGAGUAAUGAGAACUUUGAAGGCUACAUGAAGGCCCUAGAUAUUGAUUUUGCCACCCGCAAGAUCGCGGUGCGUCUGACUCAGACAAAGAUCAUCGUUCAAGACGGCGAUAACUUCAAGACGAAAACCAACAGCACGUUCCGCAACUAUGACCUGGAUUUCACCGUCGGGGUGGAGUUUGACGAACACACAAAGGGUCUGGACGGCCGGAACGUCAAGACCCUAGUCACCUGGGAAGGAAACACCCUGGUGUGCGUGCAGAAAGGGGAGAAAGAGAAUCGUGGCUGGAAGCAGUGGGUCGAGGGAGACAAGCUGUACCUGGAGCUGACCUGCGGUGACCAGGUGUGUCGACAAGUGUUCAAAAAGAAGUGAUGGGCCCAGGGGAAGCCUGGAACAUGUGUAGAGUUCUCUGCCAUUCUGAAAAGCAGCAUUGGGAGUCCCUGGUUCCUGACAGAGCCCUCCUUGCAUCACCUGCCUGGGUUUGAAACAGGGUGUGUUAAAGGAACCUCCCCCCUCCCCCCUUAGAACCUAUUAUUAAAUGAAAAAACAAAAUGUCCUCUCGGCCUUUGAAA